GGAUCAUAGCGUAUUCGUACGAGGACACACUUCACACCCUUUUAAGCAAAUUGCUGUACGAAAUUCACUUUGGCGCUCAUUUGUUUAACAAUGGCGCUUCAACUGCACGUCCACAAAUAUUAGGGUUUAUCCUCUUCCAUACACACUACACAGUACUCACCCUUUCUCUCUUUUUUCUCAUUCAAUUGUAAUCCAAGUAUCCAACCCAGAAAGUUGAUUGAUCAACACCAAAUCUAGGGUUUUUGAUUUCAGAUGGCGAAUACUUUAACGGAAGGAGCAAUUGAGGCGAUAUGUAAUGGCGAUAAUGAUUUGAAACCAGUUCUUCAAGUAGCAGAUAUUCGUCUUGUUAAUACUCAAAACCCUAGCAGUGCAACUGAGAGAUAUCGGCUUCUGUUGUCUGAUGGUUUGCAUUUGCAACAAGGAAUGCUCGCAACUCAGCGAAAUGAACUUGUUAAAUCUGGUGUUUUGCAGAAAGGUUCUAUUGUACGAUUGCUUCAAUCAGUCUGUAAUGUUAUUCAAGGCCGAACAAUUAUAAUUAUCAUUGAACUUGAAGUAGUACAAGAGAUCUGCCCCACAAUUGGAGAACCAAAGCAAUAUGUGAAUGGUGGUGUUAGAACUACUGCUCAAGUUCCCUCCUCUGUGGGUCAAACUGGGGUCAUUUCUGGCAAUGCUCAGCAAUCAAAUAUGCAUCCACCAGUAUCUGGUUCAACACUUGGAUCUAGUGGACCAGGGGUUGUUUUACAGCAGCCGAAGCUGGAACGUGGUGCUCCAAUGCAAUCUUAUGGCGGUUCUUCUGCUAGCAAUCCAGUCUCUGGACAUUAUACCACAAAUAGUGGAUCUCCAUUGCACUCUAAAUUAGAAUUUGGCUCUGGUGGCUCUGUAAAAUCUGCAACUCCUGGUUCAUACGGAGUAUAUAAUAAUGCCAACACAGAUUUCUCACGUGCUCCUUCAAAUACUUAUGCAAGGAAUCAGCAACCUUCCUAUCAGCAACCUCCUCCAAUGUACAUGAAUAGGGGCCCUAUUGCUAAAAAUGAGGCCCCUCCUAAGAUAAUUCCAAUUGCUGCCCUAAAUCCCUACCAAGGUCGAUGGACUAUCAAGGCAAGAGUAACAUCAAAGGGUGACCUUAGGCACUAUAAUAAUCCCCGUGGGGAUGGGAAAGUAUUUUCCUUUGAUCUUUUAGAUUCUGAUGGUGGCGAAAUUCGAGUUACCUGCUUUAAUGCUGUGGCUGAUCAAUUCUAUGAUCAGAUUGAGGUUGGCAAGGUAUACCUGAUAUCCAAAGGGAGCUUAAAACCUGCUCAGAAGAACUUUAAUCAUCUCCCCAAUGAUCAUGAGAUCGUAUUGGAUAUGUCAUCUAUAGUUCAACCUUGUUUUGAUGAUGACGCUGGAAUUCCUAAGCAGCAAUUUCAUUUCCGGCCCAUUAGUGACAUUGAGGGUAUCGAGAACAAUGGUAUUGUGGACGUGAUUGGUGUAGUGUCUUCAAUCAGUCCGUCGUCCUCGAUUAUGAGAAAAAAUGGAACCGAAGCUCAGAAAAGGACUCUUCAGUUGAAGGAUAUGUCUGGCAGAAGCGUUGAAGUGACCUUGUGGGCAAAUUUUUGCAAUGCAGAAGGGCAGACCUUGCAAAAUAUGUGUGAUAAUGGAAUGUAUCCUGUUCUAGCUGUCAAGUCGGCCAGAGUGUAUGAAUUCAAUGGGAAGGGUGUGGGAACUCUUUCAACUAGUCAGUUAUUUAUAGAACCAGACUUUCCGGAGGCUAAGAGGGUGAAGGACUGGUUUGACAGGGAAGGAAGGAACCUGCUAUCUGUUUCCAUUUCAAGAGAUACUGCAAGUUCGGCUACUAGGGGUGACGCUCGUAAAACUAUAUUGCAGAUUAAGGAUGAGAAACUGGGGACCUUUGAAAAGCCUGAUUAUAUUACUGUUUGUGCCACCAUUACGUAUAUAAAGAUGGACAACUUCUGUUAUACAGCAUGUCCUCUUAGUAAUGGCGGACGUCAAUGCAACAAAAAGGUUAUAAAUAAUGGAGAUGGAAGGUGGUGGUGUGAUAAAUGUGAUCAAGCUGUUGGUGAAUGUGAUUAUAGGUAUAUACUUCAGUUGCAAUUACAGGAUCAUACAGCCACAACCUGGGCAACAGGGUUCCAAGAAAUAGGUGAAGAAAUUUUGGGCAUCACGGCUAAAAAUUUGUAUUACUUAAAAAAUGAGGAACAAAAUGAUGAAAAAGUUGUGGAAAUCAGUCGUGCAGCGGUUUUCAACAAAUACAUAUUUAAGUUGAAAGUCAAGGAGGAGAAUUAUAAUGACGAGCAACGAGUUAAGUCAACUAUCAUGAAAGUAGAGAAGCUAAACUUUGCUGCAGAGUCAAGGCUUCUUUUGGAAUCAAUGAGAAAAACGAAACUAGGUGAUUCUUGUCCAGCAACCGUCAAAUCUGAGAAUUUCACUCCAAAUAUUGGAACAAAUAGAUCGGUAAUGGGUCAUGUUGGAAUCAGCCAGCCAAUCAUUUCAGGAGUUAGCUAUGGAACAAAUCCGGGACUUUCUGAUCGAGAAACGGGCAUGUAUACCAAUAACACAAGCCAGUUUGGGAACCAGUAUAGCAGCAGGUAUGUUGGUGCUUCUUCUGGGGUGCCAAUAACAUGUAGUAGUUGUGGUGGUGCAAGCCACAAUUCAUCAAAUUGUCCUAGUAUUCUCAGUACUCCAGGCGGCAUUAUUAUGAGUCAUAAUGUGCCUGGUGGAAGCAAUUCCGGACAGUGCUUUAAAUGCCAGAAAGUUGGGCAUUCUGCCAGAGAUUGCCCUGGAUUAAGCUUUGUCCCUCCAGCUUAUGGUGCUGCUGGUAGAUAUGGUGGUGUUCAGAGACAACAUGUUGGCAGUUUGUAAUAAUGAGAAAAAUGGUAGUAGUUUGUAAAGAUGUGUGGGACCUAGAUCAGUGGUUCCCCUUAAGGUUUACGGUUUGGCAUUCGUUGGGUCUGUACAGCAGCGUACUGGAAUCUAAUAAAACUGUUGGUUUGUCAUCAUCAUCCUAUAAGAUAUGCAGCUACUUUCUUUGUAGCAUAAUUCUGCUGGUUUUGUUUGCUUUUCUUCAUUUUCCCUUGAUUUUUUUCUUGGCUUCUAAAGUUUGGCUUGCUUUGUUAGAUAAUUUUAGUUUUCCUUUUUCUAUGUACUCUAUGUAAUUCUCUCGUGGUAGUAUAUUUGUAAGAUAUUAUAGGUGUGUUUGAAAACGGGUAUAAAAAAAGAACAAACAUUGUAGAUUGUA